AUGACCAGGAGCCAGUCUGAUAAGCUCGAUCAAAUUACGGGUAAAGCCACAGAUGCUAACGGCAAAAUAGACCAGGCAAAGUACCAGCGGCUUUUGAAAGAAAGUGGAUUGGAGGCGAAAGCGAACAAACUUCGAGAAACAUUGCAGGCAGUAGCUAAGGAAGACAAAAUAGCUGUUAUAUACAUAGCAGCGGCGCUUGACUACGCUCACAGAGCAAGACGGGGCAACAUGACAGAUGAUGAAGCAUCGGAAAAAACUACGGACGAGUGGAAUCGUUUGUCACUGGCGUCGCAAAGAUAUCUGUCAAGGAAGUUCCCCAAAAUUGCGGAUGUGGCCGAUUAA